GCUUUGCUUCUGAGCUUCUACUUGGUGCAACAACAGCAACAUCACCAACAGGAAUCAUGGCAGAUACCAAGGCAGUUACCAUCCGUACAAGGAAAUUUAUGACCAACCGUCUCUUAUCUAGGAAACAGUUUGUUAUUGAUGUUCUCCACCCAGGGAGAGCUAAUGUAUCUAAGGUGGAGUUGAAGGAGAAAUUGGCGAGGAUGUACGAGGUCAAAGAUCCAAACUCAAUUUUUGUCUUCAAGUUCCGUACUCACUUUGGUGGCGGUAAAUCUACUGGAUUUGGUCUUAUUUAUGACUCCGUGGAGAAUGCAAAGAAGUUUGAGCCGAAGUACAGGCUCAUCAGGAACGGAUUAGCCACAAAGGUGGAGAAGUCACGAAAACAGAUGAAGGAGAGGAAGAAUCGGGCUAAGAAGAUACGCGGUGUCAAGAAGACGAAAGCAGGAGAUGCUGCAAAGGCCGGGAAGAAGAAAUGAAGUAGUGUGCUUGUUCUCCCAUUUAGUCUAUUUUUGGUCCUUUUUUGCUUUAGGACUUAAGAAUCUAUUGAGUGAUUUAUGUUAUUUCCGGUUUUGAGUUUCAUUGAUGAAGGAUGCAGCAUUAAGAACUGAAAUGUAGCAGUAACUAAGGCAGUACUUUUUUUAAUAUCAUCGGCAGUGUCUUCUUCCCCUCUUUGCCAGAGAUUUUGAGAAAUAGAAUCAUAGCAUGAAUAGUUUUAUGCUGAUGCACCAUCAUAUGCAAAUUGGGAGGGACAUCAUGUCCAUUGGUUUUAUGGUC